AAAACGUAUCUAGUAAAUAAACUCAAACUCAACUAAAUACUUUUAUUACUAAAGGGGUUUUUAUAUUUUGUGAAGAAUGUGCACUUAAUAGCUCCGGAACUAGUAAACUGGUCAAGAAUUUUGUGUCUAAAAAAAUAAACUAAAAAAAACCUGCAAAUCACGCUUGCAUACUCUGCUGCGACAAACACUUUUCGUGUGUACCACACAUUAGCGAAUUCUACAAAUAUUAUGCAUUAGUUUAUUUGUCGUAGUUUAGAGUCAGAAUAACACAGGAUAUCUCUAUCUCAGUUCAAAUCAACAAAACCUUCUUCGUGUUUUAAUUCAACAUGCCUGGUAAAUUAAGCUCAACCUGCCAGCAAUGUAUAAUGUAACAAAAUGUGCGCUACGAAAUAAGGAAGUGGCUCAUUAGUUUAGUGAGCAGUCACUUGACGCCUUCGUCCAGUCUGUCGCUAGUCAGGAGAGAAGACGCUAGUCAGGAGAAAUAACAAGUCAGGAGAGAGGAGAGAGCAGUUAGUUAGAAGAGAAGUCAGUCAGGAGUCAUGAAGUGUCCCGUGGUUACGAAGUGUUGCUUCUGCGUGCCGCUGCGCAAAGGAGUGCUGAUUUUUGGUUAUAUCAACCUGAUAAUCUCUCUGCUAUGCCUCCCCAUCCUGAUCUUCAUGACGGUAGAAGGGAUUACCACACAUGACAUCUUUGAGAAGGUGCAUGAGGAGGGAGCCAAGGUCCACCUCAACUUGACCAUCGCCUUCACGGCACUGGACGUCCUCAUGACCAGCAUUCUGUUGUUUGGUGUACACAAGAAAAAGAAGAAUAUACUGAAGGUAUACUUCUACACGGGGCUGGUUCUACAGACUCUGCCGUUCUUCAUUGAUGUCAUCUUCUUCGAGGCCAACACAGCUUUGGAGAAUUUCGCAUACUUCUUUGCGAUGGGUUUAAACUACUAUCUGCUCUUCCUUGUAUACCAACUGAUAUACACAGCUGAGGAGCCGGCAGCUGGGAUGCAGUUCACCAACCACACCCCAAACACCAACCUAUAUGUUUAGAUGUAAGCCUAUAAUGUACUUAAGGUGACGACGCGUUAACAAAAUGGUUUUUGUCGCGUAAUUUAAAAACCAUAAAUAUAUUUCA